AUGGUCGAUGGACGUUGCAACUGCGGAGGCAUCAAGGUCUCCAUCGCCCAAUUGCCUGAACAAUCAGCAAUCUGCUACUGCUUCAACUGCCGCCGCACAGGGUCUGGUGUAGGCUCCAUCGUCUACAUUCUUGACAAGAAAGACAUUACUGUCAACGACCCAAACAACCUCAUCAAGAAUUACAAGGACAGCGAUACAAAGAGCGGGAGCACGAUUACGCGUCAAUUCUGCGGCGACUGUGGAUGUGCGAUAAUGUCAGUUCUUGCGGGCGAUUCAGGAAAAGUCGCUCUCAAGGGUGGGCUUUUUGAGAAGAUCCCCAUGCCAGGAUUCAAGUCUUUUGAAGAAGAGGAACCGGCAUGGUUGAAGUAUGUCAAGGUCGACGAAGGAAAUCUAUAA